CCUGCUGUGGAAACGCGCCUCAAAAUGGGCUGUCUCAAGAUUGGAGCAUGCGUGACGCUUUUUGUUAUAGUCACUGCCAGCGUUGUGACGAACCGCCCCCAUCGCGAACCCACAGACGGAUUUAAGAUGCUUGGCGCUUUUCCCCGUGUAGUGGCAAUCUCCUCUUCAAACAACGAUACCUCGUUCAAGUGUCUCACCGCUACUAGAACUCAUUUUGACCUGGAAGCGAAGAGGGCUACCUAUGUAUGGCACUUGGGAGGAAGUCGUGCAUCCACUGCCAAGAGGAACGCCACUUUCGACAUACAAGCGGGAAAUGCACCUGACCAGAUAACCUACUACGUAGACAACGACUUGACUCGCCCGUACACUGCUUACUACAACUACACUGACUACGAGACCUGUAUGGUGAUGAUAGUUCCCUACGACAACCAUGACCACUGCUUGCUGUGGGUGAAACCUGCCUUGUCACAUGAUGUUCCGAGGCACUGUUUAGACCACUACGAAGAGACCUGUGAAGUCAGGGUUCCUCAAUUCGACAAUGACCUCUGCGGCAACCUGUAAUAAAGAUGUUUUACUGAAACACAUUGCUUAAACAUUCCGGUCGCAGGAAUUAUCAACCCCCCACCAUAAAGUGAUUUUCUUUUUGCACCGCUUUGUGCAUAAUCCGCAAAUAAAUUCUUCAAAAAAGAGACUCUAAACCUUUAUCUUAGCUAUGAAUGAAUUAAU